GCGUCAUGCGGUCCCUGCUGGCGGCCAAGCUGGGCGGCCUGCUCGGGCUGCUGCUCCUGCCGCUGCUCUGCGGGCUGCUCCCCGGGCGGCUGCGGGGCGCGGGGAUCCGCGGGCGGUGGCGCAGCUUUGUCGGCUGCGUGGCUGGAGGAAUCUUCCUGGCCACCUGCCUGCUGGACAUCGUCCCUGACUCUCUGUCUGACAUGCGGGAGGAGCUGCGGAGCCAGCAGAUCACGGUGGAUUUUCCCUUUCCUGAAUUCGUCCUGACUCUUGGCUUCCUGCUGGUUCUCAUAAUCGAGCACAUGGUCCUGGACUGCAGUGAGCGGCGGUCAGGGGAGGCCACCCCCCUCCUCUCCUGUGGGGAGGCCACCCCUCAGCCAGCAGACACUGGUGAGUGGGUGGUGGAGACGGGUGCGCCUCACUUGCCUGCAGACUUCCCGGCCCACUCGUCCUUCCGCUCCUUUGUCCUCUUCCUAUCUCUAUCGGUGCACUCCCUGUUCGAGGGCCUGGCCGUGGGGCUGCAGGACACGGAGUCCAAGGUGCUGCAGAUCUGCAUCGCCAUCGUGGCGCAUAAGAGCGUGAUUGCUGUCAGCCUCUCGCUCCUGCUGCUCCAGAGCCAGGUCCCCACCUGCUGGUUUGUGGCUCUGAUUAGCACCUUUGCCCUCAUGUCUCCCCUUGGCAUCGCAGUGGGGAUUGUGAUGAUGCAGAACCCGGGCCCCAGCAGCACCAUGGCCCAGUGCCUGCUGGAAGGGAUUGCUGCAGGGACCUUUGUCUAUAUCACCUUCCUUGAGAUCCUGCCUCAUGAACUGAACUCCCCGAAGUGCCGCCUGCCCAAAGUGCUCUCCAUGCUGCUGGGCUUCUCAGUCAUGGCUGCCUUGCGCUUCUUGGGCUGA